UUAGUCAUAUUUAUUAAUCCGUAAUAUCAAUUUUUUUUUUUUUUUUUUUUUUUUUUUUUUUUUUUUUUUUUUGGAAACAGAGAGUACUCUGUGCUUAUUUAAAACCAGAGUAAAAGUGCUCAAAGUUUAAAAUCCCAAUCAUUUUGAAAUUUUGAUAGGUAAAUAAAAGAAAAAAAAAGAGCGGAUAGAAAUUUUUUUCCUCACGUGUCUCUAGAAUCUAGAUGACGCUUCUUAAAAAUAAAAGAAAAAAAAAAUAUAAUAUAAAAAUGGCGGUUCUGCUAUUGAAUAGCUGAAACCAACCCAAAGUUUUCCGUGCUAAAAAUGGCUACCUCCGAUCACCAACAACCAUUUCUUUCUUCUUUUGGAAAGACUUCAGAUGAAUUUGAUGGUGAUGCAGAACAUCAAUCUCUCUCUAAUGGAGGUCAUCCUAAUGAGGAAUUCUCGAUUAUGUCCUGCAUUUUACCCUUUUUAUUCCCUGCUCUUGGAGGACUACUUUUUGGAUAUGAUAUUGGUGCUACGUCAUCUGCCACGAUUUCAAUUAAGUCACCAACUCUGAGCGGAACUACAUGGUAUGACUUAACUUCCGUUGAAGUUGGCCUUAUUAGUAGUGGCUCAUUGUAUGGAGCUUUGAUUGGUUCUGUCUUGGCCUUUAAAAUUGCCGAUAUUAUUGGUCGAAGGAGAGAGUUGAUCACAUCUUCCGUGCUCUAUCUUGUUGGAGCUCUAAUUACUGCAAUAGGACCUAACUUUGCAAUCUUGAUGAUAGGGCGCUUUAUUUACGGCAUUGGGAUUGGAUUGGCAAUGCACGCUGCGCCAAUGUACAUUUCUGAGACUGCUCCAUCUCAUUUAAGAGGCAGAGUAAUCUCUCUUAAAGAGUUUUUUAUAAUUAUCGGCAUGGUUCUUGGCUAUCUCAUUGGGAGCCUUCUAGUGGAUGUCAUUGCUGGUUGGCGCUAUAUGUAUGGCUUGAGCUCUCCUAUAUCAGUUAUAAUGGAAAUUGGGAUGUGGUGGCUGCCAGAUUCUCCUAGAUGGCUACUUUUUUGUGCUAUACAAGGAAAAGGAAACAUGCAGGAUUUAAAGGAGAAUGCCAUUCAUUGCAUGUGCCGUCUUAGAGGGCCUGCUGUCAGUGCUACAGCUGCCCAGCAAGUGGAUGAUAUCAUGGAUGAACUUUCUCUUUCAGGUGAACUGAAUGACAUCUCUACAAUUGAGAUGUUUAGGGGAAAAUACUUGAAGGCACUGUUUAUUGGCUGCGGUUUAGUCUUAUUCCAACAGAUAACAGGUCAACCAAGUGUGCUGUACUAUGCUGCCUCUAUCUUUCAGACUGCAGGAUUUUCUGCCGCAUCUGAUGCAACAAGGGUCUCAAUUCUGCUUGGCUUGGUUAAGCUGGUAAUGACUGGAGUUGCCGUUUUGUUUGUUGAUAAAUUUGGGAGAAGACCCUUACUACUUGGUGGUGUGUCUGGGAUGGUGAUCUCUUUAUUGUUCCUUGGAGCUUAUUACACAUUCCUUGGUGAUGCUCCGGCCAUCGCUGUCAUUGGUCUCCUUCUUUAUGUUGGUUGUUAUCAGUUAUCGUUUGGUCCGAUUGGCUGGUUGCUGAUGUCAGAAAUUUUCCCCUUGCGCAUGAGAGGAAGAGGAGUGAGUUUAGCUGUGCUCGUGAAUUUUGGGGCAAAUGCUCUUGUUGCUUUUGCAUUUUCUCCCUUGAAGGAUCUCAUUGGAGCUGCAAAUUUGUUCUUUCUGUUUGGUGGCAUAACUUUCCUCUCUCUCAUAUUCAUAUUUUUUGCAAUACCGGAGACCAAGGGGCUGACACUCGAGGAAAUUGAGGCCAAUCUGUUGUAACUUCUUUCAGCUAUUACCUUGAAGUUGUUUGAAACUACCGUACUGGUGAAUUAGUAAGAGCAAAUUGGUGGCAAUGCCCUUUUCAAUGGUGCAGUGUAACGUAGGAUCAAACUAUCGAAGUGUGAUGUAUUCUUGUGCAUUCUACAAUCUUACUGUACAUUUGUAGCAAAAAAUACAAUCAGAAAUUCAGAAUGGCAGCUAACAAGUAGCAUAAAGCUGGCCACAUGGUCAGUCACCAAAAAUCUCCACAGGAACAACCGUUGCUAGAAUGGUGAAAUUGAUUCAAGUUCCUGACUA